CUUACGAUUUUACAAUUUAAAUUACGAUUCUAGAACACAUUUUAAAAGGGCUUAACUUAGUAGCGAACAUGGUUAGCUUUGCAAUUUAUGUAAGAUUGCAUAGCAGUCUUUCGGGUUAGGAAGCGUCAGGGAGCAGAGGCGGAACCCACUAGUAUUCAAUUAUGUUAUUUAUGUUUAAAAAGUGGAUUUUAAGAACCUGCUGGUCGGCUGGUUAUGAUUAGAAAAAUUGUUUUUUGUUCUCAAAAAUAUUUAGAUUUUUGUUUUUUAGUUAAAAAGAAAAGAAAAAAACAGGUUAUUAAAAUACUGACUUUGCAUAGACUUAUAGUACUAUCAAGUGCUUUAACUUUUUAAAUUUUAAAAAAAUUCAGAAAGUGGAAUUGAUUUAUCUGACUAGUCAUUUUCCUUUAUUCUCCGCACCAGCCUCGCUGAAAACAAUGGGUCUCUCGUAUCAAACUGUAGCACUUUAAUAGAGUAGUACCCUUUUAUUUUUUGUUUUGUUUAAUUACAGAUUAUUAUAGGUGGCUUCGAAAGACCGUAGAAACAAAUAAUGAUCAAUUUUCCUUAUCUUCUGCGUGCAACGAUUGCAAAGAGCUUUUUUCCCAAGGUUACGUUUUCCAUUGUUUUUCUUUUAACGACGAUAUACCUUUUUCUUUUUUCAAUUCAGGUAUUCAUCACAGAUUCCAUUUUUACCGUCUUGCUUACUCCGUGUCGUAUUUCCCUUCGCUUCAUCGAGGUUCCUUUUCUGUCUUUUUAUUUACUACCAUGCCUAAGAGGCCACAGAAAUGAAAUGAAAUGAAGUACUCAGCAAAUUCGUUCCUAUAAUUGGAUUACGCAUCUGCAUUUUUUUUUCUUCUUUUUUUUUUCUUCGUUUGUUGUGGUUUGGAACUGUUCCCGGGGGUUGGGUUUCCGCAUAGUUGAAAGAGCGAUGGCAUCAGGUGUGGAGGUACCUUUAAAGAGCAUCUAUCACAUUCCCCAUCAACAGCAACCUCCAGUGACCACAAAUGGAAUUGCACCUGCUGUCACUCUCACUGUCCGACUCAUCAUGCAGGGAAAAGAAGUUGGUAGUAUUAUUGGGAAAAAAGGAGAUAAUAUAAAGAAAUUCCGGGAAGAAAGUGGAGCUAAAAUAAACAUAUCAGAUGGAUCGUCUCCAGAGAGAAUUGUAACUGUGACUGGCUCAACAGAAUCCAUUCUCAAAGCGUUUUCUCUUGUUGCUCAAAAAUUUGAAGACGACUUACAAGCUAGUGUAACAGGCACCAAUGUACCCAAACCUCCUGUUACUUUACGCCUAAUUGUUCCUGCUAGUCAGUGUGGCUCACUCAUUGGUAAAGGAGGAUCCAAAAUCAAAGAUAUCAGAGAAGCUACAGGUGCUUCCAUUCAAGUGGCAAGUGAUAUGCUUCCCAAUUCAACAGAGCGAGCUGUAACUAUAUCUGGAACUGCUGAAGCACUUACAAAGUGCAUCUAUCAGAUAUGCUGUGUUAUGAUGGAGUCUCCACCGAAAGGAGCAACUAUUCCAUAUCGGCCCAAGCAAGCUGUUUUACCCUUGUUGUUUUCUGGUGCACAGGCUUAUGCGAUGCCCGGACAAUAUGCCUUGCCGCAUCCGGAUCUGAACAAGCUGCAGCAACUGGCAACCCUACAGCAUGCCUCCACUGCACCCCUCUUGCCUGGGCACUCCGCGACACCUCAAGCUUGGGCAUCUUUGGCGGCAGCAAACAGUGUUCGUAACUUGAGCAGAGCCGCUUCAAUUUCUCCUACUUCUACAGCUGAGAUGACCAUUUCAAAUGAACUUAUUGGCUGUAUUAUUGGAAAAGGGGGAACAAAAAUAAAUGAAAUCAGGCAAAUUUCUGGAGCCAUUGUCAAAGUAUCUAAUACAGAAGAAGGCUCAAAAGAUCGAACUGUAACAAUCACUGGAACUCCAGCUGCUGUAAACUGUGCUCAGUAUCUCAUCAAUGCAAAUAUUGAAAGGCACAAGACACUCGAUCCGAAAUCAGUGGCUGGAACAUGUCCAGUUUCCAUGAGCUUUGCCCCAUCUUUGGCUGCUACCCAACUUAGUCCUUUGACAGCUGCAUCUCUGGGGCAGCUUGUCAAAACCACCCCAUCCCCUUUGGCUCUGGGUCUUGCUCCAGCUGCUUUCCUCCGCAAUUCUGCAGCAGCUGCUCUUUUUGCAGCAAACUUCAAACAAUUCCAAGCAAAGAACUUGUCUUACAAGCUGAGGACAGCAACGGCGACUGCGGCCGGCAUGAAGAAAGAGGACCGCAACAAGUUCUCUCCAUACUGAAAGUAUCUUCUGGGAUCUGUUCAUACAAGUGACUGUGUAUGUGCCAAAAACAGUUCCUCAUGAACUCUAAAACAGGGUGGUCUGAAUGGGCCUCAAAAAUUGGUGAUCCUUCAAAGUCUUUUAUUAAACUUUAGGUUAGGUUUGAGCUCCACUUGAUGAUGGCCAAAUAAAAGACGUUGCAGAUUUUUUUGUUGUUCAUGAAAAAUCUUUCUAUAUUUGAUUACUAUACAUUAGGGUGUAUCACAAAAUACGCUUUUUCAUAAUUUCAAGUUGGUUGAAAAGUUGUAUUAUGAUCAUAUAUUUUCCACACAAAAAAAAUUUUUUUUUGUCUCAUUAAAAUUUUAAGUUUGUUAUGUAAAGUGAUACUAAAAAAUAAUUUUAUAUGAAAUGUAGCAUUUAAGUCUCCUAGAAUCUUUAAUCAAGGUAAUAAUCCCUGUGGCAGAAUUUUUUUGAACUUUCUGCGACAAUUCUCUCUUGUACUAAUACCUUUCUGAAAUUAAUUUUUAAUAGUAGCAUAUAUAUAUAUAUAUAUAUAUAUAUAUGCCUUCAUGGUCAUAAUAGACCAGUAUAUAUUUUUCUUAAUUAUAAAUGUAAGAAGUUUUUUUUUUUAAUAUACAUAUAAAACAGUAGAUAGUCUGAUAUUAUUGGCGAUAUCCUCCUGUUCAAAAAAAAAAAAUUUUGUAGUUAACUUUAUGGGAUUUUAUUGAUUUGAAAAACUUCCCGAAUAAAAAAUCUUUCUGCAUUAACUCUGUAAUGCUCUGCGACAAUGUCGCUACGAUUCUGCUAUGGGGGUAAAUAUCUAACCUAAAAAUUGGUUGGAAUUGAAAGCAUAAAUAUUUGACAAUGAAAAUUAAGGUUUUCAUGCAGAUUUAGGAAGACUUAAAUGUUGUAUUUUUAUAAAUUAUUUUAUUGUUACUUUAUGUUCAAAACUUAAUAGUAUUGAACUUUGAACAUAAACAAAAAUUGUUUAUAUUUAUACUUUUUAAAAAAUUUAAAUUCACCUUUUUUUCUAGUUUGUCUCAAAAAUGGAAACUUUUAGUCCUAUUCUGAAGUAGACCUUAAUAUUUCUUAAUUUAAUCAAAAAAUUUUUUAUAAAUAUGUAAACAACUUAAGCCUUUGAUAUUCGGAAAAAAAUUGUUUUACACUCUAUUGUUUACUAUCUAUGUCUCACUUUUUAAAGCCAGUGUGAUGUAAAAAAAAAAAAGGAAUAUCCCAUCAAACUGUACUCGUGUUUAUUAGGAAAAAUUUGUUUUAAAUAUUGUAGUAUUUGCAGAUUAAUGGACUUCCAUUUUCCCUGUUUUGAAUUUCUGUUAUUAUUCAGUAUACUUGUAUUUCCUAGUCAGAUGUUUUGCACUCAUUUAUAUUUGUAACAUGCACACCUUUUCAUAAUGGUGAUAUAUAUAGAGAUAAGUGUUAGUUGUGCAAUCAUCAAUGCAUAUAUGUUGUGUUAGA